UGCUGGCGGCGGUGGCGUCGCCAAUACGCGGCGCGGAGGUGGAGCACAUGCCAGCGUGCGCCCGCCCGCGUGGCAUCCGCCCUCCCUCCACGUUUCGCUUCCUCCCCUCCCCCGAACACUACUAGUUCUAGCUUUCCUCCACCAAGCGGCUCCAGCAGCGGCCGCAGCACCAACUGGCGAACCCUGCUGCUUCCAGCAUCCUCUACCGGUGAUCGCCGGACGGUCUGAGUAGGAAUCAACGAGAGCGCAGCCCAGAGCCCACCUCCUUCCGCUGCUGCUGAUUUUCGACGGAGAUGGAAGGUGUUCUGCAAGCGGGAGAUGCCAAGGACUGGGUUUACAAAGGGGAGGGCGCUGCGAAUCUCAUCCUCAGCUACACGGGCUCAUCACCUUCCAUGCAUGGGAAGGUACUGCGGAUCAAGAAGAUUCUAAAAGACAAGUCUCUACCGGCACCAAGUUGUAUGGUCUUCUCAAGUUAUGAGCAACUCCUGUGGGGCCAUAUCCCAGAAUUGCUUGACUCUGUCAAACAAGAUUGCUUGGCUCAAGCCUAUGCGGUGCAUGUUAUGAGCAAACAUCUCGGUGCUAAUCAUGUUGAUGGCGGGGUUUCUGUAGGUGUCUCUAGGGAUUUUCUGGAACUUGUUGAAAAGAAUGUUCUUGACAGCCGUCCUGCUUGGAGAGUGAAUGCAAGUUCAAUUGAUAACACUGCUGAUGCUGCUCUUCUAAUAGCAGAUCAUUCUUUAUUUUCUGGUAACCCUAGAGGCAGCAGUUGCAUAGCUGUGGAGAUAAAGGCCAAAUGUGGGUUUCUGCCAUCAUCAGAAUAUAUAUCAAAAGAAAACUACAUCAAGAAACAAGUAACAAGAUAUAAGAUGCAUCAGCACCUCAAAUUUCAUCAGGGUCAGAUAUCGAGGACUAGUGAAUACAAUCCUCUUGAUCUAUUUUCUGGGUCAAAAGAAAGGAUAUGCAUGGCCAUCAAGUCAUUUUUCUCAACUCCUCAGAACAACUUCAGAAUUUUUGUCGAUGGUUCUUUAGUUUUUGGUGGCAUGGGAGGUGGUGCAGAUAAUGUUCUUCCUGCUGAAAAAGACAAGUGUCUUGAAGAUCUCAGCAAGCUUAGUGGCCUAGAACUACCCGACUUCAUUGAGCUCCUGUCGGAGGCGAUUUUUAAAUCUGGAGUACUAGGUAAACUGUUGGCCACCCAAAAGCUGGACGAUCAUGACAUUGAAGGGGCAAUUCAUUUGUACUACAAUAUAAUUUCGCAGCCUUGUUUGGUGUGCAAAAAUAUAACUGAUGUAGAGCUAUUGCGGAAGUACACUCUCUUGCAUUCUCUUUCGUUGGACAAGAGCUUGAAGAUUGUCAGGGACUUUCUUGUUUCUGCUACUUCAAAGGACUGUAGCCUGAUGAUCAGCUUUCGGCCAAGAGAGGGUGGAACUACAGAUUCUGUGUAUGAUUCAGUAUUUCUUGAAUCAGUGAAGCAAACCUAUGAGUACAAGGCAUAUUUCGUCGAUCUGGAUGUGAAACCUCUGGAUAAGAUGGAACAUUAUUUUGCACUGGAUCAGAAGAUAGUCAAUUUCUACACAAGAAAUCAGGAGGUCAUGCCAUCUCCGAAGGUCACUAACACUAAAGACGCUGUUGGAAGCAGAGGUGGCCCUAAUCACCCACUUGAAGGGCCGACCUUCUAGCUCCCGGGUGGCAGAGCCAACCUACAGAUGAAGCUUGCUUCCGGGUGGCGAGCCAACCUUCAUAUGAAGCUUGGACUGUCGUGAUUCCGGGGGCAAAGCCAACCUUCGAUAGAUCACAAUCCAUGCACUAAGUAGUUAGAAACUAUAGAAACAGAUUGCGAGACCAACUCUUUUGAACAACACUUUAUUACACGAACAACAAUAUUACAUGAGAGUGUGAACAUUUCUUAAGUGGCUAUCCUAGCAAUUAUUCACACACUCACCUAGCACUGCAAUCCCAACUCUCUCUUAUGCUCGUGGCUUGUAUGUGUUGUUGCCUCUUAGGUUACUAGGAGGGAGAGGGGGUUCUCAUAUAUAUAGACCAUGGCGACACAUAUGGUGAUGAUAUGUAUCCCCUACUCUAGAACCUUCCUAACUAUUUUCUACUUUACCAUACAACAAAAGAUAUUUUAGAAUAUUCCUAAAUAUUUUUUCACUUGCCAUAUAAAACAAGUGACUCUAGAACUUUCUAUAAAUAUUUAUAUCCAUGAUAAUAUCUUCACCUUUAAAAUAUCUUUUUUCUUGCAUGGUCAAGAGUAUUCUAGAAGAUUGACUUGCUUUCUUUUAAUAGACGCUUCGCCCAUUCAGCUCCAACAAUGAGGAGCCUCUUCCAAUAUAUGUCUGGAGAAGGGCGCAUCUCGGAGCGUCGAUUGUUAUUUGUUGCUGCUGUUGUUGUAACUUCAUGAGUACAGUCCCAAGGUUGGGAGGCUCGUUCCUUAGGCCUGGAAAGGGUACACAAGGAGCUGUUGUUCGUCGUUGCUGUUGUAACUCUACUAGUGCAUAGACCGUGGCUUGUCACCGCAAAUCUGCAGAGAUGUUCAAUGUUAGUUGAGAAACUGAGAUGAUUGAUGCUUUACCGUGGCAACCACUCACUGUAACAUCCCAGUUGAAAUGAGGGCUGAAGUUUCACUCGCAGGUUACCAUC